AUGGUUUCAAAGGAGAAAAGAUCUAAAGAUUCUGAUUCAAAGAUGAUCGAGAAGAAAAGGUCAAAUAGUAGGGGUUUAGGAAAAUUACCAUUGCCACUACCACUACCAUUGAUCGCCUUUGUUCUGUUCGUAUGUGCAACUUACAAAUAUAUUUUACCACUUAAGGUGGAAAUGGUAGGUUGGCCCUCACAAUUUUCUCCACCAUUUAACGAAACAAACCGUAUUAUCAUUCAGGAUUUUUUCAAGCCAUAUGAUCCAAGUUAUCCGACAUCUUUACCUACAACAACUUACUACAGGAGAAUUAAUUUACGCCCAUUAUCAGCUCACAGAAUUUCAAGAGCUAAUUUUACGUUAUGGCUUGAAGAACAAACUUCAAUAUCUUUUGAAAAAAUAUUAGAAAAUAUUGGUGAUUCUGAUAUCAAUGAUUUAUACCAACAAAAUGUUGCAGAAGGUGCUGUUAUUGCCUCCCCUUCGAAGGAUAAGCCAGACUAUUUCUUUCAAUGGCCCAGAGAUGCUGCUAUUACUGUCAAUACUGUGAUUUCUAAUUUAAUGGGAUCUGAUAAUGCCAUCAACUUGACACUAGCAAAAACCAUCGUCAAGUAUUUAAAUAAUUCCGCUAUUCUACAGAGGAUACCUAAUCCAUCCGGUGAAGGUGUAGGUGGAACCGAUCCUCAGUUGAAAGGUCUUGGUGAACCAAAAUUUGAAGUGGAUAAUAAAGCAUUUGAGGGUAAUUGGGGGAGACCUCAAAAUGAUGGUGCGCCAUUAAGAUUAAUUGCUACAUUCCAUUUCUUAGAAAAGUUAGCUAAACAAAAGAUUCCAUUAUCACAAUUAUUAUCCAAUUUGAAGAUUGAUGGUCUUUCAUUCCAUGAUGAAGAUAGUCUUUUUGAGAAUUUAAUUCGUUACGAUUUGGAAUUCGUUUUGAAUAACUGGAAAGUGGAUUCAUUCGAUCUAUGGGAAGAAGUUAAAGGUCGUCAUUUCUUCACAAGUUUAGUUCAACUUUCUGCUACUAAAUUGGGGAUAGAUUUUAUGAAAUCUAAUCCAGAUAGACAGAAGGACCCACUACUAAAGGAAUUACAAAGGACCUCCACAGAGUUAAACGACUUUUUAACACUAGAAGGUGGAUUUCUCAAUCCUCACAAGAACUACAUUGUAGAAACGCCUUCUAGUUUGAAUAGUAGAUCAGGAUUGGAUACAGCUGUUUUAAUAGCAUCCUUGUUAACUCAUGCCGAUGAUGGUGAAACUUCUCCGUAUAAUCUACCCUUUGGUGUUAACGAUUCAGGAAUUUUAAACACUUUACACGCUUUAACCAGUAUUAUGGCAAUCAUAUACCCUGUUAACCACCAACGUUAUAGUCCACGUAUGGGUGUGGCUUUAGGUAGAUAUCCUGAAGAUGUUUAUGAUGGUGUUAAUACGUCUGAAGGUAAUCCAUGGUUUUUAUGCACUUCAACUGCUGCACAAUUACUCUAUCAGUUGAUUCACAAAAUAUAUGCUGAAGAAUCAGAUUUAGAAAUUCCUGUCAAUACUUGGGAAUCCAAAUUUUGGACAUCUAUAUUUGAAGGUUUUGAAGCAUACCCAUCUUCUUUAUUUAUAGGUGGUAAUAAUGGUAGUGAUGGUGCUUUCCGUUUAGUGAUUCCAUAUAAUUCUCCAGCGUUUCAUCAAACGAUGGCUUCGUUGUUAGAUUACGGUGAUUCAUUUUUGGAUAAGCUACGUGAACAUGUUAGUGAUAACGGAUCCAUGAGUGAACAGUUUAACAAAUAUACAGGGAUCAUGCAAGGUGCUCGCGAUUUAACGUGGUCACACGGCGCAUUAUGGAGUAGUUCUCAUUUUAGAGAACAGGUACUACCACUACUAUCCAAUUAA